CUUCUCUUCUUUUUUUGUUGUCGCCAUGUAAUCAUACUUUUCUCCUUUAGUUGCACAUCUAGUUUCAAGUGGCAAGUUAAAAAACCCAUAAACCAAGAAUCUGUUGUAUUGUCCUUCACUGUCUUAAUUUAUGACCAUGUCCCCCACAGCCGUGUACAACAUGCCAAGCUACCAUGGCAACGCAAACAAACUGUAUUGCCACGCGCAAAAUGCUACUCUUAUAACAACACUUUUAACAAUGUGCCACAACAACACUGUGCCCAGAACCCAACACACAGAGAAACCAUACCACACCACCGGUAAUAAAGACAGACAAUUUCCAUACGUGUCAAGUCUUGGAUACAUGGUACCUGACAGAUACGCAUAUAACAACCCUCGUAUUUCGUCAGACACGUAUGUCAAGCUGAAGGAUGUUCCGGUCGAGCUUCAGUGCCCAAACUGCUACAAAUACGUGCAUACCAAGAUUCAAACACGUGCCAGCUCGCGGACAGUCGCAAUGGCAGUUGCAAUAGCCACGGUGUAUUGGCCACUGGCAGUACUUCCGUUUGUGACACAGUGGAUGAAGAAGACUGUGCACAUUUGUCCUUGUUGUAGACAUGAUCUGGGGAAAAUAGUGACUGUGUCGACAAAUCGCAUGUAUAAUUGAUACCGAAUACAAGCUGAAGAGAGCUGAGAGCCAAAGAGUAUGGUGUGAUGCUCGAUUUGUUAUAUUUCUUGUUUAUUAUUCAUUUUCAAUAUUUCUAAUUCUACACUUGUACACUAAUUGUGAUAAUUAAUUUAUAAAUCAAAAAC